AGUUAAACUUAUGAACAAAGAGCACACAAAAGAGGCCAAAUAUAAAAAAAUAAUUUAAACAUCACCAGAUAGCGCCUGUUUGAUUUGGUUGACAGCUGCAACUGGCCUGUUGGAUAUUAUUAAUUCCCUCGCGAAGGGUGCUGUUUUGUAAAUGAUGUCCUUUAAAUAUUCUAGGAGGGCGCUUCAGGUUGUCAUACUCAAGGCUACACGUAGUACACCAAAACCCUCGAAAGAGAAGUACAUUAAAAUUAUCACGAUAAAUACUUUCAAUAGAGAAGCCGUCAUUGAUAUCAUAUCAACACUGGGCAAGAGGUUAGAGAAAAACAGUUGGCACGCCGUCCUGAAAGCAUUAAUAAUUAUUCAUCAUUGCUUCAGAGAAGGAAGUCCAGCUUUCAUAGAAUGUCUAAAGACUAGAUCGGUACAAAUGUUCAAUCUCAAACAGUUCUCAAUAUCACCCCUUCCACAAGUUUUGUUGUCCUCUACUAUCACUGUAGGCCAUAUUUACUCUAUUUUCGUAAGGAAAUAUUCCAAGCACCUAGAGGAACAAGUAAGUUGCUUCUGUUACCUUGGAUUUCAGUUUAAUAGAAAGCUAGAUUGCUGCAAGAAUCUGAGUAUAAAAGAUAGUCUUAAAUAUAUUCCUGAAAUUCAAUGUCAAUUCAACACUCUUCUGAACUGUAAAAUGCGUACUGGCUACGUCACUAAACACCCCCUGUCCAUAGCAGCGUACACGCUCCUAAUAAAAGAUAGUCUGGAUUUGUACCUCAUUCUUAAUGAGGGCAUUCUUAGGCUGGUGGAUCGGUGCUUCGAGAUGGAUAAAGAAGAUGCCAAACAAGUAUUGAGUAUUUAUACUCUUUUCAUCCAGGAGACGGACUGCUUGAUUUCAUUGUAUUCGAUUGUCUCUGAUUUUGCGAAAGACUUGCCUCAAAUACAAAGACCUAAAGCGAAUUUUAUCAAAUCGCUUCAAGACCACAUCAACAGAUUAGAUAAUGAACAUGAUGUACCCAGGUCAUCUCCCAGCGAUAUGGCUCAUCAAACUAGCCAGAAUCCAAUUAAACCACAUUACGAGUCUAGCCCGUCUGUGGUAGAAUCCGAUAAUCUGACUGAAAAUGGCCAAAAUACGGGACUUGUAGUUGACGCGAGAAAUACGAAUAGUAGGUAUCAGCCAUCCGGAUUUAAUACAACAUACACACCAAAUGAUCUGAAGCCUAUGCUUGAUGCAAAAGAGACGAAUAGUGGAAAUCAGCCAGCAGAACUCAAUACAUCAAAAUACCCGCCAAACGUUGCAAAAUCCGAAAAUGAUAGCACAGAUAAAUCUCUAAACAACUAUUCGAAUAACUGUGCUAGUCCAGGCCUUGAUACAGCAGUAAAGUCAGAUAGUGUAAACACGCAGAUCCUAGUAAACCCGAAUGUUACUCGCGAAAUAAACAGCAACAUAAUCGACACCACAGAUGAUUGGAAAUCGUUACAUUCAAAUCAACAUCUACAAGGCGGGCAAGAGAAUAUUCCUGAUCUGCUGUCAGAUGUCACUUUCCCUUUCUAUAUCUAUACCUCAAACACCUCUCAACUUUCUUCUUUCGAAAACCCAUUUCGACUGCCGACGAACGCGCCUAUGAGACAUCAAGAUCGCAUGCACGAAGAUAACUGCGGUGAUGCAUGGAAAAAUCAGUUAGGAAACGCCAUCCAGCAGGAAGGCCCAUUUCUUCAAUCAUUGAAACUAGACUCUACUAAGUCAAGCUGCUACUAUCCGGCACAGUCAAGACCACCGGAAGUCAAGCCAACACUUUUCGAAGAUCUUAUCGCAUCUGAGCCACGAAGACAUAUUCACAGCUCAAUCAAUCCUGUAUACGCAAAUACGUCAAAAGAUACUAUAAAUACGCCAGAUCACAUGGCUCCGUUCAUAAAAGACGUGGAUACAACAACCAUUGAUAGACCCAAUUUUCAUGAUUAUUCACACAAUCCGUUUUCACCGUCGCCUGUCAAAGAAGCAUUGCAUCCAAAUCCUUUUUAUCAAACGUUACCUGUGAAAAACCAAGCAACCAUCCACGAUUCAGAGAAUAACAUCCAAGAGUUGGUUUACUUGAGCGAAACCAAUAAUGAUGAUAAACCCAAAGAUUAUUAUAACAGUUCGUAUAAUCCAUUUCUCCAGAGAUAAAGGUCUACUUCUCAUCAUCGCAAAAUAUAGCGCCUUCAUUCUCAUACGCCUCGUUUAUACAAAUCAUUUCACCAGAAAUAAGCGUGCGUAUAUUGGUUACAUUUCAGACGCACAUUCUACAAAUGACGAAAAUAUAUGUAUCUAAUCUGCUAUUUACCGGUACAACGACACGGGCCAUAAAUAAAAAAAACAUGGAAAGAGAUUUUUAAAAAAAA